AUGAGGUCCUUUAGAUUCAACCUUAAUCUUACAAUGAUCAUAGCAUUGAUAUUUGCUGCAACUGCUGAUGCCCUAUCAGUCCACCAUUCCGGUCUGUCCGUUAUAGGUAGAAGAGGCAUGAUACCAGAGCACACUGGUUAUCAAUGUGCAUCAACGAAGUACGAGAUGUAUGAGAUCUUGGACGCCAUAGGAAUUGCUUGUCCAAAUCCAAAGGCAAACAACAACUUUUGGUAUUCAUAUCUUGACUGUAGCUUUCCGAAGACGUUUCCUGAAGCGCUGAAGCUUGGUUUUCCCAGGAACACCCUGAUGGCUCCAAUACGAGGGUCAUUUUUCGACUCUUUGAAAUUUCAUUAUGUCGUAUUUGAACCGUCAACUUGUAAGCUUCGGGGUCUUGUUCGGCAAAAGGACAAGAAGAAGGAUGGAGUUUUCCAGCUUUGUCACUAUCAGAAGUGGCCAUCUACUUGGCAUGAUAUGUAA